UUCCUUGCAAGCGCGCAUUGCAGAUCAACACCCGGAAGGUCUUAGCAUGGAUAAUCUGGCUGAAGCAGUCAACCUCGACGAGAUCAAAAUUGCACGCGUCCUACGAGCUUUUGACCCUCAUGAACGGCUUUACAGAAGGUAGUACGCAUGCUGUCUGUUGAUGAUCGUCUGCAAUAUGCUGUGCAUUAAACAGUCGAGCGAAACGUCUUCGCAAACAACCGACUAUCCCCUCAUACUCAAGUCGUCGAACAAAACUGGGUGUUAUGCGCGACUUCAUUUACAGGGUGUCUCAAAAGUUACCCGAGUUUUCUACGAUACUAUGAUCGACGAAGAAUUUGCAAAAUCACAUAAGGUUGACAAAGUUCCCCGGCUAUUUGGCCUCCAGAAGCAGGGUAUGAAAGGUAACAACUACGAAGUGAUGAAAGACAACGAAGAGAAAUGCGACGUGUGUGUGAAGUUACCUAUCCUCAACUGAUGGCUCACAGAAUCACUUGUAUAAGAUUUUCAGAGCCAUGCUCAAAAUUCCCGAAUAUUUCGCAAGUUGUAGUCAUAUGUCUCAUGGUGUGAGCAUGAUAAUG